AUGGGGAUGGUGAUGGACUCACAAAAUCAAAAUCCCUUAUUCCUUGACAUUUUACAAGACAAUGAACAAGGUUUUGAGUCUUUUGACAGCAGUAAUUUGAUGUCCACUCCGCCUUCAAACGUCAAUGUCCAUCAAUCUCCAUCCCAAGUUGAAAUGGGACAAUCUAUACCCCCUAUUGCAAAAAAAUCAACUACUAAGAGAGGUCAACGGGAAAUCAACUUCACCAUAGAUGAAGACAUUAAGCUAGUGUCGGCGUGGCUCAAUAUUAGCUUAGAUGCCGUGACAUUGACGGACCAAAAACAUGCAACAUUUUGGGAGAGAAUUUGGUCUACCUUCCACAAUGACAAGAAAUUUAACCGCACCAAGGAUUCUUUAAAUAGUCGGUGGUCAACAAUUCAAAGGGAGACCAACAAGUUCUGUGGAUGCUUGGCCCAAAUUGAGAACCGGAAUGAAAGCGGUAAAACUGAGCAUGACAAGAUUGAAGAUGCAAAAACUAUGUAUCAAAUUAAUUGCAAAAAUGUAUUUCAAUUGGAGCAUUGUUGGAGAAUUUUGAGGAAUGAAGCUAAGUGGUUGAUUCUAAGAGAUAGUUUAAAGGCCCGCACAAGACAACCAGCCACACGACCAGCCACACAAUCUUGUCAUACCUUUGCAAGCUCAAUAAAUGUAGAUGAAGAUCUUGGAGAGACCUAUAGGCAAGAAGGCCAAAAAGGAGAAAUUAAAGAAAAGAAAGAAUUGUGA